UGUGCCGCUGCCGAUGACGUUCGCCACUCACUCACCUCACUUCACUCGUUUGACUCAGUUCAGUACUUCAGUAUCAAUUCGAAGUAGUAUCGGGGUGGACGCACGAGCGUUGCGUCCGUGUAACUCCACACUGCCGCAUCCCAUAAAGUUUUUUGUUUGUUUCUUCACAAGAUAUUGUGUAAUUGAAGACUUCCGUGGUCACGUUGUGAGUGUGUAGUUCACGGAUUUACAACUGUCCUGUCGAUCCCGCAACUGGUCGUUCAGCGGGACGAGCAGUAAGGCCGGCAGCGGGGAUGCGCGCGCGGCCGCCUCCGACGCCGGUGCCAUGAGCCGCGACGUCUCCACCAAGAUCGCCGCGGGCAUGGACCGCUGGCAGAACACGCUCGAGGAGAUGAUCAACCUUCGCACCUCCAACAACCACCAGGCCUUUAAGGAUACCUCGUGGGCGCUUAGCGGUUUCGAUGAACUUCGACUAUACGUUAAGCAAGGCGGUGAUUUCAGCAAGGAACUAGCAGCUAUAUUACAAGAAAGGAUAGAAGCUGAAAAUUAUUAUUCGAAGUGUCUAGCGAAACUUGGCACUAAACUGAGCAAGGCUUGCAAAGAGAGCAUUGGAUCCUGCGCCGAGGCGUGGAAACAUGUCGCCACUGAAAUGGAGAAACGAGCAGAUAUUCAUAGGGCAUAUUCUCACGCUUUAACAGAGGAGUUAGUAAAACCUAUGAAAACUGUAAUCGACAAUCAACUAAAGCUAAGAAAAAAGAUCGAGGGUAAUGUGGAUAAAACUUCGCGGACUCUCUCCGAGUGGCGCACAAACGAAGUCAAAUCUAAGAAGAAUUCGCACGCAGCGGCGAGGGAAAACGAGAAACUGCAAGAUGCUACUUUAGAUAUUAGUCGGAUGGCUCGCAGCUCGAGCGUGGGGCACAUCCCGCACGCGCACUCGAUCCUGAGCGCCGCGCGCGCGGAGCGCGUCGCCGGCGCCACAAGCGAACGCGACGCGGCCAAGCUCCUAGUCAAGAAGAGGAAGACGGAAGACGCCGUUAAAAAGACUGAAGUCGAGUAUUAUAAUGUUUGCGUUCACGCGGAAAGAGCCAGGCUCGAGUGGGAAUCGAGCGUGAUGAAAGGCGCCGGCAUGCUUGAAUCUCUGGAAGAGGAGAGGCUGGCUCAGCUGAAGACUGCGGCCGACUGCUACCUCCGGUUGACUGCAGCGGUCCCUCCGCAGCUAGCUGAGAUAUCCAACAACCUAGUGGGCCCCAUAAGCAAGGCGGAGCCGCACGUGGACAUGCGCGUGGUGCGCCGCGUGCGCAGCGCGCCCGCCGGCGCCACAGAGCAGCUGCUGCCAGAUUUCUACUGCGAGCACACCACGCUCGCCAUGAACAAGGAGCGACGCAAGCAGGCACUUCUAAAGAUUCUACAACUAGUAAAACAAGAUAUCGACCGAGAGCGCAAGUCCAAGCAGGGCCUGGAGAAACUCUCGAUGGCCAUGAAGCAGACACCCACCUUCGGCAACGACGACUCGCAACAGAAUGUCGCAGACAAACUAUAUCAUAUGAAAGCAAUGUUGACAUAUUUGGAAGCAGUAAGAUACAAAAUAACAUCAACAUUGAACGAACUGGACAGCCGAGCUCCCGUCAAUCACCCCCUGGCGACACACAUCAAGGUCAUCAGGGACAAGCAGGGGCUACAACAGAGUGUACUGAAGGUGCCUCCAUGGCUGCAAGAGGACUAUCAGAACGAGGUCAACAAAAACCUGCAACCAAACUACACUGCGCUAACAAAAAGCGUGAACGGCGGCGGCGAAGAGAGGGAAAGGCGUGAUUCCAUAAUGAGCAGAGCGUCGAGCAAGCUGCGGAUAGAGCACCUGUCGUUCCGGCGGAACGCGGAGAGCCGCAGCGCGCCGGUGACGCCGCUGUGCGCGGAGCCGCCCGCCGCGCCGCCGCCGCCGCCGCCCGAGAGCCCGCUGGACUGGAGCGAGCGUGGCGCCGGCGACGGCCUCUCCAACCAGCAGGACAGCGACUUCGACGAGUUUUCAUCGCAAAGCGACAGUUCCACUGAUCUGACGGACAUACUGAAGAACGAGAGCGGAGACAACACGACACCUGCCAAGUCCAUCGGCAAGUGUAGAGCGCUGUACAUUUACGAGGCCAGGCUUAACGACGAACUCACUCUAUCGCCAGGCGAUAUCAUAAAUAUCCACGAGAAGCAGGAGGACGGCUGGUGGGCCGGCGACCUGGACGGCCGCUACGGCAUCUUCCCCGCCUCCUACGUCGAAGAGAUCACCACCUGUAUAUGAAUCUGGCAACUACUUACCUACGAUCGACCAUACACACAUUGGCGGUCUUAUUUGAAGACGAAGGCCGUUCAGGGUUCAGCCAACGUAUACUAGCUAGUUCUCGCAAUCGCAUUUCUGUAGUGACGUAGCGUCAACGAUUGUCAUUUCGGCUUGGCCGGCAAAUGAGUUUCUUUACCUAUGUAUGUAAAUUAAAAGCCAAAAGAGUAAAAGGACUGAAUAAUACUGAAUUUGAACUUUAUUCAACGCGUAAGUCUGUUUUGCUUUGUGGUAAAUGAUAAAUUAAUCGGUCAUUGCUUAUUAGCGUCAGCCGUGCCAACAUAAUACGUCGCUAGCAUGGAAAAGGUAGUACGGUUUUCGUUGUAUGUCACACACAGAAAAGCGCCAAUGUUUAGUGAGCGUGGGGCCGACGUCGACGUCUGUCGCCGUAAUUCGAUGUCUGAGGGUGAUAGACUGAUAUUCUAUGCACCUGAUACAACAAUCCUAACCACCAUACACAAAGGAAUAACGCACAAACUAAAGAAAAAUAUACUAUAAACACUAUAGAUAUUUGAAUCUGGGCCUCUUGGGGUGAACAUAAUGAGCAUAUAUAUCCUUACGCUGAGUUUAGACGAGCAAGUUAUUGCUGCAUGUUUUGAGACAGAAGUAUAUGCAAGAAAGAGAUGCAGAUAUUGGCCGCUCACUCUUACCUAUAGUUGCGUCUCAAAACUUGCAGCAAUAACUUGCUGGUCUAAACUCAGAAGUCGUGGAAUGGAGCCUACGGAGAAAUAGAUGAAGUACAGACGUAUUUUUGAAAGCGCCAGUCGCAGUCAGAACAAAACCAAAUGUGCCACCAGGAGUCAUCUCAUUCAGAUGUUUAAACAUGUAAAUGGUCCACGUAGUGGGUAUUUUUAUUCCUUUGUUAAUGUUUAGUGCUUACUACAUAUUAUUUAUUGAAAUUGCACAUUAUACAUAUACCUACACAGGAGACUACUGAUAUUUCUUUACGAGCAGUAGAUGUAGGUAUGUAUGCACCCGACGUUUAAUCUUAUACGGAAUAGUUGUUAUAAGAUCAAAUUAAGAGUGAUCAUGUACGUUGUAUAACUAUCAUUAAUCCAAAAUGUAAUUUUAAGUAAAAUAAAAUGAACCAAAGUGCUGAUUAAUAUUACUUAAUAAUAAACUGUUAAAGAAUGAUAA